AUGCUUCCUAAACCUCUCGACAGUCCAUACACCUCGUGCUAUUGCGAGGAAAACAUUUAUUUCCUUGUACAUCGAUUUCUGGAACAAGCACAGGUAAAAGCUACAUGGGACAUUUUUGCUGUCAUCGUAUCGAAUGUGACCAAGACGGUUGCCCUUUGGAGUCAACUCAAGGCGCCUGCUGCAAAUACAGCAGUAAUUUGGGAUUAUCACGCCGUCUUGGUUCUGCGCAGCCGGUCAGAAUCUCAUCGUGGGUUGCUCAACACGACGCUAAGCAUCGAAGAGGAAACUUGGAUCUACGAUUUCGAUUCUAUCUUGGAGAUGCCUAGUCGUUGGGAAGAGUAUGUUGAGAAGACCUUCCCACCAGAUUCAGACAUACCACCACAGUAUCGUAGUCUUUUCAGGGUUAUAUCUGGAGAAGAAUACCUGCGUUCUUUUGCAUCGGACCGAUCUCAUAUGUUAUCUCCCGCGGCCGACUCAUCGAAUGAGUAUAUUUCUCCGCCACCCCUUUACCCUAUUGUUUGUGGACCCCUAGCUGCUGCGCACGGUUUCACCAACAACCUCAUGACUCAUUUUGUUUCGAUGGAGUCAUCUAAAGGAUACGGGACAGUGAUGGAUCGAGAGACGUUCGUUAGCUGGUGUUCGCAAGCAUAG